AACGUUUCUCAGUAGACCAUAUUCCCCCUUGGAUUUGUGUGUUCAUCAGUCGUUAACUGUAUCUCGUACGGUUCGAAUCUCAUCUCUUUGUCUCAAACCCUAACUUACCAUUCAUAUAAAUAUAUAAAUAUAUAAGAAUAUAUUUUUUUUUUAAAUCAUUUUUUUAAUCCAAAUUUUUAAAAUGAACGGAGAAAGUUUCGAACUUAAGGGAGAAACGAUGGAAGACAAAAAAGUUCAAGAAAAACGGGGGUUAAUUUAUCAAAUGUCAAUGAGUAUAUUGGCGAAUUUCACAAUCUUAGGCCCAGCUAUGAGCCUAGGAUACAGUGCCGUAAUUCUGCCCACACUGAGAUCGCCGACGACCGAUUUGCCAAUAACUGAUGACCAGGAGUCUUGGAUCGCCAGCGCUGCGGCACUUGGUACCCCAAUAGGUUGUAUGUUGUCUAGUUUAAUAAUGCGCCGAGGACGACGACUAAGCUUGAUGGUGACAUCGACCUUCUCGCUGAUUGGAUGGUUUCUAAUCUACAUGUCGACGAAUUACGAUAAACUUGUAGUCGGAAGAGUUAUAUCAGGUGUAGCGACUGGUUUAGCUUCCGUUCCAGCUACUGUUUAUACCGCUGAAAUAGCCGGUCCCCUAUGGCGAGGAGUUAUGGUCACUUGGAGCAGCAUCGCCAUUGCUCUAGGAGUCCUUCUUGUUUACAUAUUCGGUUACUUUCUCCAGGACAAUUGGAGACUGCUUGCUUUGAUCUGCGGCCUGUUUCCCGCGGCUUCGAUCAUAAUGAUGUUGGUUUCGCUGCCAGAGUCCCCGGUCUGGUUGAGGGACAAAAACCGUCUCGACGAGGCCCGCGUGGUGAUGAAGAAGUUCCGCGGAGUGCCGAAGGAUCAGCCCACGACGCCAUUGAUCGAGCAGGAACUGAACCGCCCGCGGAAUCAGCUGGCGCCCGAGAAACGUUCGCUGAUGAAAAAUCUGGGGAAAACCAGUUCGUUGAAGCCGUUUUUUAUCAUGAUGGCUUUCUUCUUCUUCCAGCAGUUCUCUGGUGUCUUUGUCGUGGUAUUUUACGCGGUCGAUAUCACCAAAGAGGCGGGAAUUGAAAUGAACGCAUAUUUGGGCGCCAUUCUGAUCGGAAUCACCCGACUCGCGGGUUCGAUUCUGGUGGCAUGUGGCUCCAAGAAGUGGGGAAGACGGUUACCGUCAGUGAUAUCGGGUGUCGGGAUGACCGUUUGCAUGGGACUACUGUCUGUUUAUCUCUUCUUAACUGACCGCGGGCAUACGAUUGGCGACCGCGGUUUCAUUCCGGCUAUUUGUAUCCUCGCUUAUAUAUUCAUGAGCACCAUCGGGUUCUUGACGCUUCCGUUCGCGAUGGUGGGCGAAAUAUUCCCCUCUAAGGUCAAGGACGUACUUUCGGGUCUCACUGUCUGCUCGGCUUACACUUUUAGUUUCGUUAUUGUCAAGUGCUACCCGGAUAUGCACAAGGCGAUGGGCGGGCAUGGGGUCUUUUUGUUUUUCGCGGUUGUUUCGCUGAUGGGGACCGUUUUUGUGUUCAUGUGCCUGCCGGAGACGAAAGGCAAGACGUUAAAUGAGAUUGACGAACUGUUUUCGAGGAAGAAGAUGAAUGGGGUUGGGAAUAAAGAGAAAAUGGUGAUGAUGAAAGAUAUGACGAGCGCUUGAGCGAAAAUGGGGGUGACAAAUAUUUUAUUUUUGAAAUUUUGAUGAUCAAAUAUUUUUUUUUUUUUUUUUGACGGGUGAUUCUGGUUUUUAUGAAAAUUUAAAAAAACGCGGGAAUAAUUUUUAAAAGGGAAUUUUUGAAAUUUUGAUGACCAAAUAUUUUUAUUUUUUUGGCGGGUGAUUUUGAUUUUUUAUGAAAAUUUAAAAAAACGCGGGAAUAAUUUUUAAAAGGGAAUUUUUGAAACUUUGAUGACGAUCGAAUAUUUUUUUUUUUUUGACAGGAUUCUGGUUUUUAUGAAAAUUUAAAAAUACGCGGGAAUAAUUUUUAAAAGGGAAUUUUUGAAACUUUGAUGACCAAAUAUUUUUUUUUUUUUUUUUUUUUUGACGGGUGAUUCUGAUUUUUUAUGAAAAUUUAUAAAAACGCGGGAAUACUUUUUAAAAGGGAAUUUUUGAAACUUUGAUGACCAAAUAUUUUUUUUUUAACGGGUGAUUCUGGUUUCUAUGGAAAUUUAAAAAAUCGCGGGAAUAAUUUUUAAAAGGGAAUUUUUGAAAUUUUGAUGACGAUCAAAUAUUUUUUUUUUUUUUUGACAGGAUUCUGGUUUUUAUGAAAAUUUAAAAAAACGCGGGAAUAAUUUUUAAAAGGGAAUUUUUGAAAUUUUGAUGACCCAAUAUUUUUAUUUUUUUGGCGGGUGAUUCUGAUUUUUUAUAAAAAUUUAAAAAAACGCGGGAAUAAUUUUUAAAAGGGAAUUUUUGAAACUUUGAUGACCAACUAUUUUUUUUUUUACGGGUGAUUCUGAUUUUUUAUAAAAAUUUAAAAAGACGCGGGAAUAAUUUUUAAGAGGGAAUUUUUGAAAUUUUGAUGAUCAAAUAUUUUUUUUUUAUUUUUUUGACAGAUGAUUCUGGUUUUUAUGAAAAUUUAAAAAAACGCGGGAAUAAUUUUUAAAAGGAAAUUUUUGAAUUUGAAGGAAAAAUUUUUUUUUUAGUUUUUUAAAAUUUUGGUCAUCAGGGGGAUAAAUAUUGAAAUUAGACGGAUUCUCAGAGUAAAAUAAAUCGUUAGCUUUGAUGGAAAACCCGAGGAAAUGUAAACAAGUUGAUAUUAAGAUUUAAAACUGCCGAUACAUAGACAAGUAUUUUUGAAUUUUAUUUUUCGGAAUUUUAAACGACAAAUAAAUAUUUAGAUUUGCGAUUUAUUUAUACUUUUAUAUAUAUUUUUAUUAUCUUAAUAAAAUAAAAUUAUUAAAGUAGUGAUUAAAAAAAAAUAAAUGUAUUUUUUGGACUUUAUUCAAAAAUUCCCGGUAUUAAAAUUUUCCCGCUCAAAUUGACGGCUCUCUAUUCCGAUAAAUAUUUUUAUAUUUUUGGGUUUGACUGAACAAUUUUAAAAAUAAACUCAAUAUUUGUCACUCCGAUACUUAAAAGACUGCAUUAUUUUCAAACAAAUUUUUUUUUACACAAACAUUAUUUAGAACAAAAAAAUCUAAGCCCUUAAUUAAAAUUUUAAAAGUCGGCUCGGACUGAAAUUAAUUGUCAAUUUUAACGAACUAAAAAUUUUUUGAAAAUUAUAAAAAAUGACUUUGAGGUAAAAUGGGCCUGAGUCUGAAAUUAAUGAAUAAAAAAAAAUUGAAGCCCUUAAAUAUGAUUUCAAAUGGCCGCUGAAAUAAAAUAAAAUUAGCCGUGAAAAAAAUUAUUUUAUUAAAUUAAUUGUUAAUUUUAACGGACUGAAAAUAUGUGAUUAUUAUCGAUCAUAUAUAUGCUAGAUAAAUUUGUAGAUAAUUAAAUUAAAAACAUAAAAAAUAUUUAAAUUAUUUAUUUAUUUGUAUUUUAUUUAAAAAUAAUCGUAACUUUUAAAAUUUUAAAUUUAUCACUUCGUUCCUUGAUAUAUUUUUUUUAGCCCAAGUAAUUAUCGAAAAAAUGUCCCUUUAAUUUUUUAAUGUAACUUUAAAAGUUUACCGGGGGUGGAUGAUUUUAUAAUUAUUUGUUAUUUAAAAUAAACUUUCACCUCCGUACGACUCAAAAAAUAUCUCAACUCUGACCCACAGAUUUUGCUCAGCGGGCUUUUGGUCUAGAUUAUUUUCCGCCCGGCUGUUUUAUCAUCAAGCCCAGAUAAUUAUUUAAUUAUUUAAAUUAACACUCAGCGACUAAAAAUAUUUAUUUCGUAUUUUGAGUCGCGAUAAAUUAUCACCGAGCUUUUAAAAUUAUUCAUCAGGGCUUUUUUUUACCGUAUGCUAAAUAAAUUUACCAGCCUUCCAUAUAAAUACCCAUACAUACAUACAUAUACAUUAGACUGAUUCAAAUAAAUCGAUGAAUUUUUUUUUUUCUUUAUUGUAUCGAAAAUAUUGUUGGAAAUGACGAAAAAAAAAUACUGUGAAAGUUUGAGCUCUUAAUAUUAAUAUUAACAACUGCCGCAUCGCAAUUUCCUAUUUCCCGUUUAAAUAACAUGGGAAAAUUUAUGUUUUAAGCUUUGGAAUUUUGUCGCUCACGGUGGGACCAAUACUUUUAAAUGUUCAAAACAUAUUCUUAUGGGAAAUUCGACGCUCUACAAAAAAGGUCUCUUAUAAUUUUUCGAUAUUUUUAUUUCUCCAAAAGUAAUUCGAAGUUAAAGUUAGAUUGACGAUAAAUUUUCACAUUUUUGAAAUUUUUUGACGCAACCAUCAACUUUAUCCGAAAAUUUUAAAGGACAUUUUUUGUAGAGCAUUUUAUUACCUACAACUUAUCUCAGAGAAAAUUUUCCAUAUUUCUCAUAAGUCGUAACUUAUUCGCAAUUAACUGAAAAUUUUCUUAAAUAAUUUAAAUUUUGUUGCUUAAAAUUAAUUAUAUUAAAUUUUCAGUUAAUUGCGAAUAACUUACGACUUAUGAGAAAUAUCGAAAAUUUUCUCCGGGAUAAGUUGUAGGUAAUAAAAUUCUCUACAAAAAAUGUCCUUUAAAAUUUUCGGAUAAAGUUGAUGGUUGCGUCAAAAAUUUAAAAAAAUGUAAAAAUUUAUCGUCAAUCUAACUUUAACUUCGAAUUACUUUUGAAAAAAUAAAAAUAUCGAAAAAUUAUAAGAGACCUUUUUUGUAGAGCGUCAAAUUUCCCAUAAAAAUAUGUCUUGAACAUUCAAAAGUAUUGGUCCCACCGUGAGCUACAAAAUUCCAAAGCUUAAAAAAUAAAUUUUCCCAUGUUAUUUAAACGGGAAAUAGAAAAUUGCGAUGCGGCAGUUGUUAAUAUUAAUAUUAAGAGCUCAAACUUUCACAGUAUUUUUUUUUCGUCAUUCCCAACAAUAUUUUCGAUAUAAUGAAUGAAAAAAAAAUUAGUCGAUUUUUUUGAAUCAGUCUAAUAUACAUAGGGGAGGGUGGGGCAGAGCGGCCCCCCUAAGCCAAUUAUUAUUUUUUGUGGCUUUCAACCAUAAGAUCACUUUACUUUUGUCCUACUUCGAACAAAUUUAUGGACAUUUUGCCAAAAUUCUGAAAAAAUUUUUUUUUUUUUUUUGUGGGGCAGAGCGGCCCCCCUUCAAAAAGUGAUAAAAAAAUUUUUUUUGUCGUUUUUUUUGUUUUUUAAAUUGUUUUCAUCAUUAAGAAUGUAUUUCUUUCUCUUGACAACUAUUUUUGGUUUUAUAUUACUCAAAAAAAAUUUUUUAAAGCGUAAAAAAUCGUUUACUCUCGAUUACCUUAAUUACUAAUUGUUAUUUAAUAAAAAAAAAAAUCAAUUCUAUAAUUUUACUUUAUUUCAAAAAUUUAUCAACUAAAAAAAAAAAUUUAAUUUUUAUAAAUUUGUAGUGACCAAAUUUGCCUCUUACAUAAAGAAACGGCCGAAAAAUAUGAAAAAAUAAUUUUUUUGGAAGUUUCGGCUGGUCCAUUUUGCCCCAGGUGUUAUGCGUAGGGCUAGAAAUGUGGAAUUAUAAUAAUUUUUUUUUAAUUUGACGAUAAAAAUAUGAAAAAAUCACUUUUUCAAAAUUUUGGGCUUGUCCAUUUUGCCCCAAAUGUCAUGCGUAGGGGUAAAAAUGCGCAAACAUAUCGGAUUUAUAGUAAUUAGUCGAAAAAAAAAAAAAAUUUUUUUUGGUCAAAAUUUCAGGGGGGCCGCUCUGCCCCACCCUCCCCUACAUAUAUAUCGAUAUUAUAAAAAUCUAAAAUAAACCUACUAGUAGACAGUCGAUUGAGUUUUUUUGUUGGUUGGACACCUGACCAACUCGAUAUCCAGCAAACUCUGGUGAUUAACGUGAGACAGCUGUUGCCUAAAAAUAUUCAUCGGCUACACUGGAGAUCCGAGACACGCAAUCUGUCGACGAAAUAUGAUUAAGUACUCAAUGUACAUAUUCAUAAGCAACCACCAGCCACAGACAACCCAAUCAGCAGACUACUCAAUCGUCUUCGUUUUUUGGCUGCUCUUUUAAUAGUCACCUCAGCCUUUUUUUAAACCUCCCCUCGUCAUCAUCAUCAUCAUUAUCACCACAAUCACCACCGCCACCACGUACUUUCGGCCCUGUCGUAUUUUUAUACCUACCCAAGGCCAAGGAUUCCUUACCAAGGACUUGUGUCACGAAUGUGUUCGUAUUUUUAUCUUUUAUCUUAUUAAUUAUACCUAUAUAUUUAUAUAUAUAUAUGAUGAAGCAGCUUAAAAUAAACAAAAUGACUCGCUAGUAAUUUAUAAUAUUUAUAAUAAUUUUUAUUAUUUAAAUUUUCUUAUAAUAAAUAAACUAUGACAACAGUUGUGUUAAUUAAAUAAUAAAAUAAUAAUGUACAACAAAUAGAUAAUAUGAAAUUAAAAAAAAUUAUUAAUAUUAUUUUUAAUCAACAAUCAACAAUUUUUA